AUGGGGGGCCAAACUUCCACUGGUGAGCUCCCGGCUGUGGAUUCCACCGGAGUUGAGUUGCAACAGGUUGUCGAAUAUGGCCAGAAGCUGGAUACCGUUACCCAGGAAAUGGCCGACGAAGCCACAGAAGCGGAACAUAAUGUCUCGACCUGGCAAGCACUGAAAAUGCAUCGGGCAGGUGCCCUUUGGUCUUUGUUCUUUUCUUUAUGUAUUAUCAUGAGAGCAUACGAUAUCGAGAUCACCGGCAACUUUUAUGCUUUGCCAGCAUUUCAAAAACAUUUUGGCGAAGCAUCUUCUAGCGGCGGAUAUCAAAUUCCAGCCAAGUGGCAGGUGGCAAUGUCUAUGGGACCGAUUGUUGGGCAGGUUGUUGGAGCAUGGGCCUGCGCCAUUCCAAUGGAUCGGAUCGGACGAAAGAAGACCUUAGCUUUGUAUCUAUGUGCCACUAUUGCAUUAAUAUUCAUGCAAGUAUUCGCCACAAACAUCGGUGUUUUAACAACCUCCAUGUAUCUGGCAGGUCUCAUUUGGGGAGGAUAUCAUGUCCUAGCGCCAACAUACGCAUCUGAAGUUCUUCCAUUGCAGCUUCGGGGAUACUUCACAGGAUAUGUUCAACUUUGCUACACUGUUGGCCAAUUCCUUCAAACAGGAAUUACUCGAGGGUUUGUAAAUCGAACUGACAAAUGGGCAUACAAGAUACCGUACGCAAUCCAAUGGGUGUGGCCAGUACUUUUACUUGUUGGAUUAUUUUGGGCGCCCGAGUCACCCUGGUGGUUGAUGAGACAGAAUCGCCUGGAAGACGCAAAAAGAUCCCUGGACCAACUCACAACUAAAGCCAUACAUGGUCGGAAUAACAACACGCUGGCUAUGAUGGUUCAGACGGAUAUGUACGAGCGUGAACAAGAGCUUGGUACAACAUAUCGAGAUUGUUUCAGCGGAUCCAAUCGAAGACGACUUGAGAUCUGCUCUAUGCUCUUCGUUGUUCAGAAUUUUGCUGGUAACCCUACUGGUUUUGCUACAUACUUGUUUGAACAGGUUGGACUUAACGCUGAGAGUGCAUUUGAUAUGGGAGUCGCCCUCAACGCGGUCUCUUUUGUUGGUACUCUUUUGUGUGUGUUCCCAUUAGCCUGGUUCGGACGACGCAUAACCUGGCUGAUCGGGUUGAGCUAUAGCGUCACUAUCAUGUGGAUUGUAGCUCUUCUAUGCUUUGCAAAAAACUACAAGUCCAUGCCCUCCUACUCCUGGGCGCAGGCGGCCAUGCUUAUUAGUCUCCAGUUUGUCUUUGCUCUGACACUUGGUCCAUUGGGGUUCACUAUCUCGAGCGAGGUCCCAUCAGCAAAACUACGAGCAAGAACGCUCUCACUGACAGCAACUAUCAAUGGUCUCUCCUACUUGGUUCUAGAUAUACUGGGCCCCUUUUUCCUCAAUCCGGGAGCCAUCAAUGCUGGUGCAAAGAUUGAAUUUGUCUUUGGUGGUAUUUCGAUAUUCUCAUUAAUAUGGAGCUACUUUCGGUUACCGGAGACUAAGGGCCGAACGUACCGGGAGUUGGAUAUCAUGUUCGACAAUCAGAUACCAACACGGCAGUUCAAAAGCUAUAAAGUUUGUGAUAGAGAACAGGACGAAAGAUAG